AAAGCGUGAGUACCAUCAGCCUACAGCAAGGCAAGGUGGUUGUCACGAUGGAAGGAGAUGGCCUCGCCGACCCCCUGUUGCCGCAGGAUGGGCGGGAGCAACAGUUGCAACAGGAAAUGAAGGCUGCGAGCAGGAAACUGGCUGCUCUAGGUCUCUCGAUAGCGGGCAUCGUCGCCGUCGAUCUGUUGCUGUGCUCGUAUUCCUGUUCAGGCGGGUUCAAGGCGCAGCCUCUAGGUAUGGGUUGCGCAUCAUACCCUUUCGGCUCGUCCGGCCUGGACUUGCUGGUGGUGGGCGUGGUGCGGUGCGCCGCGGCGGUGUCCGGGUGCUUGGCCUUCUUUUUGGUCGUGCGACGAAGGUCUAGGAUAGUAGACAGCAGCAGCGUCGAGUCCGCCGCGCCGCCACCCUCCGCCUCCCCUCCCGAGCACCACGGAAAAUACCUCUACUGUGGCAAUGGCGGCGGGGGAGGGGUUGGGGGUGACGGGGAAGCGGCGGGGCAGCGAACGUCUAAUUCGUCUACUCGGCAGGUGGGCGCCCCACGUGGAAGCAGCACAUCGUACAAGGUGUCCAGAUGGGCGCAAUGGUUAGAGUCCAUCUGUGUGGCCGGUCCGAUCCUUUCGAUCCUUCUGGUGAUAACGAAGUGCCUCGCACGACUGGUGGCGGGACCGGGAUCAGGCUCCGGUUGCGGGUUGGAGACUGCAUGGUUUUGGUCAUCCAUCGGCUGGGGUGCUGCCGCUUCGGGAGUGGAGUUUGUUCUGGCCACUCGGUUCACGUCGACCUGCCGGCGCUACUGUCUUCUCCGCUGCUGUCGAAAACGGGGCGAUUACGAGGCGAUAUUGGAGGCAGCCACGGAGGAGGAGGGGGGGGGGAAGAGGGACAAGCCAGCCUACUCGGCGUCGUUCUGGGACAUCAUCUCGCUCUGCUCGGAGGACUGGCGGCUGAUCGUGCUCGCUUCCAUAGCCUUGCUGCUGGCGGCAUCGUCGAAGAACAAGCCGAUCACGUCGUGA